AUGGUCUGGUUCUCCCAAAGCAUCCCUAGACAUGCCUUCAUUCUGUGGGUUGCUCUCAAGAAGCGUCUCAAGACGCAUGAUAAACUUCGGUUCUGGGAGGCUCAUGCCGACCUGUCCUGUGCUUUCUGUCAGAACGGGCCUGAUUCGCAUUCGCAUCUUUUCUUUGAGUGCCCGUUCCCUAAUCUGGUCUGGAAUGGCUUAAAAGUCAAGCUGAACCUCAACGGUAUCCCGGAUAUCUGGGCUGAUAUUAUCGGUAUGUUUCAGCAAGUCACCAAAGGAAAAACCUUAUGGUCUAUCAUUCGUCGCUUAGUGCUUGCUGCGACCGUCUACCACUUAUGGCAAGAAAGAAAUAACCGCAUCUUCAAAAGCAAAAGAAGAUCGCAUAUUGCGGUGGGUAAGACUAUUACUGAUGAUGUUCGUUCCAGGCUUCUUAGCCUGUCUUUCAAAUCCUCCCUUAAUGUUGACCGGGCUCGGCUUGUUUGGAACCGUCCUUAG